AUGGAGGGAGACCAGAAAAUGUUAGCACCACCUGCUGUGUCGCAUCUGCGCGCAGAGGCCGGUAUGAUGGAACGAUCACUCAGUGCGGAUAUUCGAGAAGAAAGAGAAGAUCUCAGACAGGCAGCAGAAGAAACUCUUAAUGUCAUUAUGGAUCUGAGUAUGGAUGGCAAAAUAAAUUGGGUCAGCCCCUCAUGGACGGAUGUCAUCGGUACAACAUUGGAUUCUGUUCAAGGCAAACCAAUUGCGGAUAUUUUGAUUGGGGAGAAUGACAAGAGUGUAUUUGUAGAUACGGUUGAGGAGAUGAAGAAGGAUGAUUCUCGCAGUUACAUUAUACGAUUCACGAUUCAGUUAGGACCGGCUUCAAGAUUGUUACCACUUCAAAAUUUGGAAGAUGUCAAGGAAGGUGAAGGCGAAGGUGUAGCAGCAAUGUCACAAACGGAACCGGCUACAAUUGAUCUAGAAGGACAGGGAAUUAUGGUACAUGAUCGAGGAUCCGAUGCAGACAGUCAUACAAUGUGGAUGAUUAGACCUUGGAUAGCCCCACGAGAAAUUCACAUUGACCUCGCCCCCGUUAUAGUCGACUCUCUGGGAUCAGGAGCACAAAUUCUUGCGAGUUAUCUGACUACAGUGGCGGAACAUGGUCUUGAAGAUCCAGAAAAUCAUGCCCCGCCAUUACCACUUCUUUGCCGAAUCUGCGAACGUCAAAUUCCUCCUUGGUGGUUCGAAAAACAUUCCGAGUUGUGCCUUCAAGAACAUAAAGCCGAGAUGGAAGUACAAAUGUGUCAGGAUAAUCUGACGGAACACCGACAUGCCAUUGUCAGAGUGUUGGAUGCGAUGGAAGCUCGUCAAGCUCGAUCGAGCUCGGGAGAACAAACUGUGAUGCCCACUCCACCUCAGGCUGAAUACAAAGGAUUGCCCAUUGGAUCCAACUCAACUGCAUCAUCUGGUACAGCUUCUCCUGGGACACCUACGUCAGGCAGAUCUCGAUCAAGGUCUACAUCAGGAUUUGGUCAUGCGAGAGGGCGAUCAUUCGCUCAAAGGCGACCUCAUGCUCGAAUUGUCGAGCUCUUACUUGACCUUUGUGAUACAGCCAUGGAAAUCAACACACCUGCGAUCAAAGAGCCAUCCCCGCAAGCUCCUGGAGAAUUUCGUACACAGUCUCCUCAAUCGGAAUCUCGCAUAUCCCAAGUCCUGCAAUGGCAAUCACCAAAUAUGAACGCUGUUGAUCAGGAAGGUUUAUCGAUAUUAUGUAGGGAUAGCGAGGCCGUUGCUCGUGCAAAGGUUGAGGCCGUCAUUCGUCACCGCAGAAUCAUCGAAUACUCCGAACGCAUUCGUAUGGAAUUUUCGGCCAUCGUACAAGAUUGUAUUGAUGAGGCUAUUAACAAAGCUGCUCGGCUUGCAGCUGGUCAACUUAGUGAUUCGACCGAGGAACCUGAGGAAACAACUCCGGCCAAUGAAGAGGGGUUUUUCGCUGGUUCAUUCGAUGGGCCUUCGUCGCUUGCGGCAGCACUUCGAGCUGCUGAACUCGGUACGGGUAUGGUGCAUGAAGGUCGCCGAUUAUCAUCUGCUGCCAUUUCCUCUACCAGAUCCAGUAGUCCCAAGGAGUGUCCGACCCCUCGGUCACACCAAGGUGCUUUGAGUAGCAUACUCGGACAAGCAAGGGAAUCAAGAAGGGAAUCUAUCUUUUUCGAAAGUGACACGGGUGCGGAGAGUGAUGGUAGUGUCAGAUCAACAUCAGUCAUGGGGCGUCCGCCAAGAACAGAAUCACCGGUUUCAGAAUUCGGAGAUCUUCGUCGGCAUGCAAGUUCCCGACAACGACAUAGACGCAGCAUGGUUCUCGGCACUGGUACACUCUCACCCCGACGACAAGAGUCACCCGUUCGGAUGCCACCUCCGUCGUCCCCAUUGAGAAUUUCCAAACCACGCAUCUUGCCGAUCGCCCACGAGGGUAUUGUUUCUCCAACUGCAUCGCCGAUGCUUCCCGGAAGUGAGUUCAGCUCACCCGCACUAGCUCCGUCACACCAUCGACGUCAGUCCUCGGCUGCUGGAUCAGAUUCACGACCACCACCAUCACCUCGCCUAAACUCCGUCAGUGCUCCACAAGCACGUGCUGUACCACCGUCGAUCAAAGAUUUCGAGAUUAUCAAACCAAUCAGCAAAGGUGCAUUUGGUAGUGUUUAUCUAUCAAAGAAGAAGUCUACUGGUGACUACUACGCGAUCAAAGUACUCAAAAAAGCUGACAUGGUUGCCAAGAACCAAGUCACAAAUGUUAAGGCUGAACGUGCUAUCAUGAUGUGGCAAGGCGAGAGUGAUUUUGUCGCUAAGCUCUACUGGACUUUCUCAAGCAAGGACUAUCUUUAUCUUGUGAUGGAGUAUCUUAAUGGUGGUGAUUGUGCAUCUCUCAUCAAAGUUCUCGGGGGUCUUCCAGAAGACUGGGCGAAGAAAUACCUCGGUGAGGUGAUUCUUGGUGUUGAGCAUCUCCACAAUCGUGGUAUUGUACAUCGUGAUUUGAAACCUGACAACCUUCUCAUCGAUCAAAAAGGUCACCUCAAACUCACCGAUUUUGGUCUGUCGAGAAUGGGUUUGAUUGGUCGUCAAAAGCGUGUUUUGAGUAGCGCUGCUGCAAAUGAGUCGGCUCCAGAUUUACUCAAACAAGGUCCUUUUGCUCGAGCUACUUCCAUGAGUUCAUCCCGUGCUUCAUCGUUUGAUUUCCAGGGACAUCAUCAUUCACCCGGCUCGACGCCUCAAAUGACCCCAGAUGCCGGGGGUAGUUUGGGUACACCCUCAUACUUCAAUUUGAGUCGAGAAAACACUGUCAACAAGGAUUCGCGACGCAAGUCUGGCCAUAGGAGUGACAGCGGUGGCAGUGAUGUACUGACCGCCAUGUUCAACACCUUUCACUUAAACGAGACUCAACACCCACAACCCCUUAAUCAAAGGAGAACACCCAUCGAGGAAUUGAGUGAGAAUGAGGCUAGUGGAUCCCCAGACUUAUGUCUUCAACCCAGCACGAGUCACAGCUCAGACGCCAGGCACAGUACACCACCACAGACAGGUACAGGCAUGAUGCCUCCUCCAAUGGCCCUUUUUGACCCGGAUGAUAAUAAUCGUCGAUUCGUUGGUACACCUGAUUAUCUUGCUCCCGAAACUGUGAAUGGUCUUGGUCAGGAUGAAGUGAGUGAUUGGUGGUCUGUGGGAUGUAUCAUGUUUGAGUUUAUCUAUGGCUACCCACCUUUCCAUGCCGACACACCCGAUGAAGUUUUCGAAAACAUUCUGGCUCGACGAAUCUCAUGGCCAGAUGAAGGCGAUUAUGACGUCUCGGAUGAGGCUAAGGAUCUAAUGAAUAAGCUUCUUUGCGUAGAUCCACAACAACGGCUUGGUGCCAAUAAAGAAGAGAAGUUUCUUACUGGUGGUGAUGAGAUCCGAAAUCAUCCUUGGUUUGAAGACACCCAGUGGGAUAAACUACUUGAAGACGAUGCACAAUUUGUUCCUGCGCCAGAAAAUCCCGAGGAUACCGAGUAUUUUGAUGCUAGAGGAGCCACCUUGCAAUCUUUUGCCGAAGAGAUGGAGGAUCAAUCAUCUACUCAACAUCCCACACCUGGUGCCGAAUAUCCUGAACGCCCUCAUGAUGCUUUGUCUCGAGUUCGGAGUCAAUUCAACAGUGUCAAACGAGGUUUGAUGCCAUUGCACAUUCCACCUCACGUUCGAGAUAUGAAGAGCAGGCGACUUAGCGAACCUGUUGUAGCAGAUGAUUUUGGUAACUUCGCUUUCAAAAAUUUACCAGUUCUAGAAAAGGCAAACAAAGAUGUUAUUCAAAAAUUGCGACUCGAAGCCAUGGGCACUCAAAGUAAGCCACUUGUCAGCCCUAGCGGUGCUAAUAGCAUAGUCACAUCCCCAUCUACUUUGGAAGGAAGUCCGGUGUUGCCAAUGCCAAUGCCUAUUCAACGAACUCUGUCGAAUGCCAAAGCUACUGUUCGGCCUUCGUCUCCUUCUGGAUUGAGUCAAGCAAAUUCUUCUCCAAGUAGGGCCUCACAACCUUCAUCACCUCUACUUGUCUCAUUCAUUGCAGGGCAAAACAAUGACGCUAGGCGUAAGACUUCGAGCAAUUCCUCGAGCUUAUCACAGCAGUCAAGCAAUAAUCUUGCACCUCCUGCCAGUUUCAUUGAUGGAUCUAGAACGUCCCCUGGACUUCAUAAGACUGCUAGUUCUGCCGCCUCUUCGCCUAUCAAAACACGCGGAUCGGCACCUCCACCACUUGCAUUAUCAUCGCCAGCAAAAGCGCCACCAGCUACCCCACGACAAGGUAGCGGUAAUUCAUCGUCUUCAAGGGCUCGCUCGCAAACAGUUGGAUCACAAGAAGGAAGUCCUUUACCAGGCGAAUUCUUAUCCCAUCGUAAACGACGAAGUCAAGUAUUCGACAUGUCGCCUUCCUCUUCGGACAAUGAGGGAGAGAAGGCCAAUGCAUUGCUUCGGGUUCAACGUCGCCGUCAAAGCUCAAGACGGAUGUCUCAAAUCACUUUAUCUGAUGGCCCUGCUUUUAGACCUUUGGAUGUAUUGAUAUGUGAAGAUCAUCCAGUAUCACGAAUGGUCAUGGAGAAAUUGUUGGAGAAAUUACGAUGUCGUACAGUUACUGUCUCGAAUGGUGCCGACGCAAUGAGAUAUGCUAUCAGUGAUAUCAAAUUUGAUAUCAUUAUGAUGGAAUUUAAAUUGCCUCAAAUCAAUGGUGCAGAUGUAGCUCGAAUGAUUCGCGAGACUAAGAAUGCCAACUCUCAAACUCCCAUAGUUGCCAUUACUGGGUAUCUGAAAGAACUCCAAGCACCCCAUCAAUUUGAUGCUCUGAUCGAAAAGCCUCCAACUGCCUCGACGCUUACCGAAGUCCUUAGUAGAUUGUGUCAAUGGAAAGAACCUAUAUCUGGUUUGAACUUUUCUCCACCCUAUCCUCCACCAUCUGGUCUACGUCAAGAGAGUUUACGUCUUGAGGAUAGUCCAACUUCGUCUGGUUAUGCACAUAUGGCUGCUGGAAGCUUUAGAGGAUCAAGUCGUGAAGAUUCCAUCAGUUCCAGUCUUUUUGGUGAUACCGAGGCUUUUCCAAAUGACGAUCCUCCUGUUGUCGUUAAUAGAAGACCUACAGGUGAUUGGGACGAGGCGGGACUUGGAAUCAGUAACGAAGUCAGCAUGAUGGAGGCCAUUGAACUACCGAAACUUCCGCCACCCAACCUUUUACACGAAAGUUCUUCUCCAGCUCGACUGGAACACCGUCGAAAUCUAUCCCGUCAACGAUCUUCUGAUAAGAUGAAGGCGAAACGAGAAAAUCUUGAGAAACAUCGCCAUGAAUGUGGUGAAUCCGGUGAUGAUGAGGAUGAAGUAUUGGGUGAUGUUGCUGUACGCGAAAAGACUAGUCCAAAGGGUACUACUUCCCCAAAGACACAUCGUGGUUCUAAACUUGGAAUAGAAAUGAUGCGCACGAAUAGUCGUGGCAGUGUUGUUUCAGGGACGGAAAUGUUAAGUUCUGACUCGAUUGAACCACCUCCUACUAUUGAAGAGGCAAUUCUUUCGUCACCAACAUCAGAAAUACCUCCAGCGUCAGAGAUAUCGGGCGCUACUUUAACACCUCCAGAGAGGUUUGUGGGUCCUGGUGAUGAAGAAGUUGAUUUAUUUAAGACACCAAAACAAUCACAGUCACAAUUUUCCUUCCUAGACGAAGAACCUACUCCUCGACCUACAUCAAAAUCUUCACGCGCAGGUGCGAAUGAGGAUUAUCUUAGUGUCGUUAAAAGUUCCAAGAAACAUCGAUCAGAUCAGUGUUAA